GGUUAACUUCAGUUCUAUCCGGACCUUCGUAGCCGGCAGACGUGCGCUUUCUCUGCUGCUGCUGCUGCUCCUGUUUUAUUAUUAAAAUUUUUUGCCACCGUUUUUUUUUUUUGUAUUCCCGAGUUUCGACCUUGCACUCGUCCCUCACGUUCAAGAGUUCAAAAUCUUGGUGCCAUUUCAAUUCGUUUGAUAGAAAGCGGUUUGGGCGUCUCGGAUCAAGUGUGACACUAUAAAUCAAAGAGUUCGACUUGUAGGGUCUUUACCCUAGAUGCUGGGCGAGGUCCGCGCCAUGGCAUUCGGAGAAAGUGCUCGUCAAAACACCAUCAGCAUUGGCGAUGGGUCGUCCGUCGUUCAUCACACGGUCAAAAGUGAAAUCUUGAACCGCUGUCCGGCCGGUUCACCGUUGGCCGCCAUGGUUAAAAACAUCAAUAAAGGAGCGCGGAGCAAUCACGGAAUGCGAUGGAGUCCAUCAUCGGACACGACAAAAGGCCGCGACGGCCAUUCAUUCGCCUACAUUUUGCACUACUUGAGCACGGGAGAUCUGAUCUAUCCGCUUCACGAAGGCUUCCAUCGUGUCGAUGUUCUGCUCAAGGAGUUGACCUUCUUCGGUCUGGUGGAGGACGUCAUCCGCUACGCAACACAGGAGGGGUCUGGCCGUAGCAAACAAAACAGACGACGAUCUGUCCUGUUCACAACUCGCGACACGCAGUCGGAACGAAAAGUCGAGACCUUACCCAAAAGAGUGCCAAUGGCCAAAUGCCAAAGCAUCCAGGAUGUUCAUUUCAUCGGCAGCUGUUCCACGGGCAGAGUGGCCGGUGUUGAUGUCGUCCAGAGUGUCAGCAUGUCCGAUCUGAACAUGGAGCGGGCAGAAAAUGAAAUCCGAGAACAGCCUUCGACGGAAAAAUGCAGCCGAACGACCAACAUCCAGCACGGUCAUCGAUUUCUCAACGCCAUCAAACGCUAUUUGAGUCUUAAAUCGUCCGGCUCGAGCGGAAGUCACCGCCAAAAUGGAAACAAACGCAAUUCGGAUGGGCCAAAUAAGUCGGCGGCCAUUUGGAGCCCACGGCAAGUCAACACGGCCAGCGGCGGAGUCUUCCGUCCCAACUCGGCCAGGGGAUCAACCUUGAUUCUCAUUGCCACUCCGGACAGUGUGACAGUUUUCGGACAGAGAAAUCAACUGGAAAUGAUGCUUCCGGAUUUUCCCAUUGAAGCCCUGCGCAGUUUCAGCUCGGCAUUUAUUGACAGCAAACUCGUUUACCAGCCGGACGAUACUUCCAGCGGAGGAGACGUCGAUGGCUACUCUUCCUCGUCUUUUACAUCCGUUUCUUCGCUACCCAAACGGAGCAGCAGCACCAGUAGCGAGAGCACUGCGGUUCCUACCACAGCCCACUCGGACUUGCUCUUCCGGCUCUUCCAGCGUCACAUCCAGCCGCUGGGUUUCAACGUCACCGUCCAGUCUCACUGGCGCAGCAACGACACCCUGGAAACUCACCAUCAAUGGCUACUGCACAAGAAACACAACUCUAAACAGUCGAUCGGCACCAGCAGCGGAAGGAGGCGACACACCCACGCCGGAAUGGCCUCCGCAAUGUCGACAACUACAAUCAACCAGCAAACUUCCGUAACGCGAAGAGCAUCCGUUCUGCAACGCCUCUUUAACAAGAGCGCACUUACACUUCACACAGACCUCUAAAAACCCGGGCAAUUAAACCCAUUUCAAUUAGCUAAUUGAUUACUGAGAAGGAAAAACAAUUAAUAACAACUCCACCCCCAUCAAUAUUCGACCUUCUUCCCCAUCCCCCCCAUGUUGAUAGUGUACAAAAAAAUUUUAAUUUGAAAUAUUAUACAGAGCCUUGGCAAUAAUUUUAUCAAGGGCAAAAUACUCGACUAGCUACUAACGUUGCAAUAAUUGUUGUAGGAUCAUUAAAAAAAGAAAAAGAAAUUACAGCAAAAAAAAACGUUUUCAUUACAAAAAUUAUUCUACCGAGGUGACUCAUGUUUGUUAGCUUUUUUUUUGUCAUCUGCACUCUGCUGGCUGUAUGUGCCCCUUUCGUUCUCACUUCCUCUUAACUAUAAAUGGCUGGUGAAAUCGUACUAUAUAAACAAAGUUGAGCUAUUUCGAUUCGCUCUUGUUCAA